AUGGAGAAACCCCAAGCUGUCCUGAGUGUAUCUCCUCAGUGGCUGAACCCUGGAGACUUAGUUACUCUGAGCUGUGGGGUUAAAGAGUCAUCUACAGGCUGGAGGUUCUUCUGGUACCGAACUGUUCACUACAGAGCUGGGUUACCCUCCCUAUUGGACAAGUCCUACUCUGUAGAGCCUCUAUCUGGCAAUGGGACUACUGAAGACUCCUACACUCUGAUCCCUGCUGGUCCUAAUCACACAGGAGGAUAUGUGUGUAGAGCUGGGAGAGGAGACCCAGUCUAUGACACACUCUACAGUGAACCUCAGUUUCUCUGGUCAGGAGACCUGCAUCCUUCAGCGUCUCUCAGAAUAAGACCCAACAGAACUCAACACUUUACAUCAAAGUCUCUCUCACUAAGCUGCGAGGAGAAGGGGAACACUACUGGAUGGAGACUGAAGAGAUACAGAGAGAGAGGAGUGGAGUCAAGGUGUGGCUCUAACUGGGGAUCAAUAGCAGGGUCCACAUGUACCAUCAGGUCCACACUUGAAAAGGACAGUGGAGUGUACUGUUGUGAGUCUGGAUCAGGAGAGUACAGUAAUGCUGUCAACAUCACAGUGGCUGCUGGUGUUGUGAUCCUGGAGAGCCCUGCCUAUCCCAUGACUGAGGGAGACUCUGUGACUCUGCGCUGUACAAAUAGAUAUCAGGAAACAAACCCAAACCCCAAGGUUGAUUUCUACAAAGAUGGAGUACUCAUCAGGAAUGAGACCACAGGAGAGAUGACCAUCCCUGCAGUAUCCAAGUCAGAUGAAGGCUUCUAUAAGUGUAAAUCUACUGAAGGAGAAUCACCAGAGAGCUGGGUGACAGUGAGAGGCGUAACUCCUGGACCCUCUACAUCAGUCCUAGAAGUAGUGGUUGUGGGCCUGGUUGUUGCUGGUGUUCUAAUGGCCAUUCUCCUGGUACUGCUGUGUCGAUAUAAAAACGCCAAAGGUUCCUGUUGUAAUAGGAUAUUCUCGCCCCCCCAGCCACACAGCACCAACCUGGACCCCAAACAGGACCAAGGAUCUACCCAGGGCCAGGCUCCUGAUGCUGGGUAUACACGUCCGCAGCAUGAUGCUGCUGCUGCUACUGCUGGAACAAGUGAUGUGAUGUACGCCCAGAUUCAACUCAAAAAGUUGGACAAGAAAAAGAAAAAAAAGCCAGCUGUUCCAAAAUAAAAUCCAGUCUAUUCUGAGGUCAAGACAGGGAAGGCCACAGCAGCAACUGGACAUGCUGAGGUUGACCUUAAACAGAAGGCCAAAGCCAAGAAGAAGAUAG